AUGGUCUGUGGCUCUUUCACCCUGCAGAAGGAGUCUUUGAGUUGGGAUUGCUCAGAAAUAGAUGUCGAUGGAGGACUUGAUCAAGACAUCUUUGACAUCAAUGAAGCUUUAGGACUAGACCUUUUUGAGGGAGACAUCAAACUUGGCAGGAUGCAGGAAAGAAACUCCAUUGUUGGUGACAACUAUCGGUGGCCCCGUGUUAUCCCCUACGUCCUUGAGGAUAGCCUGGAGAUGAAUGCUAAGGGACUCAUCCUCAAGGCAUUUGAACAGUAUCGACUGAAAACCUGCAUUGACUUCAAACCUUGGGCAGGGGAGAAGAAUUACAUCUCUGUCUUCAAAGGAAGUGGCUGCUGGUCCUCGGUGGGAAACCUCCAAGAGGGUUUGCAGCAGCUCUCCAUUGGAGCCAACUGUGACAAGAUUGGGACAAUCCAGCACGAGUUCCUGCAUGCUCUGGGGUUCUGGCACGAGCAGUCACGGUCUGACCGGGAUGACUACGUGUCCAUUGUCUGGGACAGGAUUCAGACUGGUAAAGAUAGUAAUUUCAUAAAAUACAAUGAUACAACAUCAGACUUCCUGAACGUUCCCUACGACUACACCUCUGUGCUGCACUACAGCCAGAAUGCAUUCAAGAAUGGGACUGAACCCACCAUCAUCACUAACAUCCCAGACUUCAUGGAUGUGAUAGGACAGAGGAUGGACUUCAGUGAUUCCGAUCUCCGGAAGCUGAACCAGCUCUACAAUUGCUCCUCCUCCCUGAGUUUCAUGGACACGUGCAGUUUUGAACUUGAAAAUAUAUGUGGCAUGAUCCAAAGUUCAGAUGAUAGCAGCGAUUGGCAGCGUUUGUCUGGGGUUCCUGCUGGGCCAAACACUGAUCACACUAACAUGGGAGAAUGUGAAGAUUCUGGUUACUUCAUGCAUUUUAACACCAGUGCUGGAGCAGAGGGAAGCACAGCUCUCCUGGAGAGCCGCAUUCUCUAUCCCAAAAGGGGCUUCCAGUGCCUCCAGUUCUAUUUCUAUACCAGUGGUGAUGAAAGCGACCGGCUGCUUGUCUGGGUCAGGGAGUAUUCCUCAGCCCAGCCAAAUGGUACUUUGAGGCUCAUGGAAGAGAUAAAAGGUUCACCUGCAGCUUACUGGCAGCUCCAUCACGUUUCCUUGGACGUCACAAGUAAAUUCCGGGUCGUGUUCCAAGGUGUGAGGGGAAGUGGCUUGUCAAGUGGAGGCCUCUCUAUUGAUGACAUCAACUUGUCAGAGACUCAGUGUCCCCACCACGUCUGGCAUAUCAGAAACUUCACACACCUCCUCAACACAAGUCCAGCAGGCACAGCAGGAAGAAUAUACAGCCCACCUUUUUACUCCAGCAAAGGAUAUGCUUUUCAGGUCAGCUUGUAUGUGAAUGGUACCAGCAAUAACCCUUUCAAUUUAGGAAUUUACUUGUCCUUGAUUUCUGGAGCAAAUGAUGCUCAGCUGCAAUGGCCCUGUGCAUGGCAACAAGCUACCAUGGUUCUGCUCGACCAGCAUCCUGAUAUUCGCCAACGGAUGUCCAACCAAAGGAGCAUAACAACAGACCCCCUGCAGUUAUCAGGUUCCUCAUCAAAUUAUCUUUGGGAUAGGCCAGACAAAGUGGGGUCCAUAGCAACUUUUCCCAAUGGAACUAAAUUCAUGAGAGGCCCAGGAAGUGGAACAAAUGCAUUUUUAACUCAUCAGAGACUUAGAAGCCGUGACUUUAUUAAAGAAGACAGUAUUUAUAUUCUCUUAACAAUGGAAGAUAUAUCACAUCUACUACCAGCUCAGCCGAGUGUUUCCCCCACCUUUGAUACAAAUACAACAAGUGCCAACACCAUCAAACCAACCUCUACGGCCGUGCCCAGCACUAAGCCCACCACCAACACCAACCCAACCACCACCACCAACAACCCCCCCCCCCCCAACAACAACCCAACCCCCACCAACACCAACCCUACCACCACCACCAACCCAACCACCACCACCACAGCCCCCGUCACCCCGACCAGGGAGCCAGAAGAGCAGGUCCCAGAGAUGUGUCCAGACAACCCUUGUGAAAAUGAUGGUGUCUGCAUCCUUGUAGACAGAGCACCCGUGUGCAGAUGUCCAGCAGGUGACAACUGGUGGUACAUGGGAGAAAAAUGUGAAAGAAAAGGCUCGACUCAUGAAAAUACUGUAAUAGCUGUUUCUUCCACCAUAGCUGUGUUUGCUGUAAUGCUCAUUGUCACCAUCACAACUGCUGUGUGUCUGAAAAAGAAAUACAGCCAAGCAAAGAAAAAUGGGGAGAGCCUGGCUCUGGAAGAA